UAAUAAUAAUAAUUAUUAUUAUUAUUAUCUCGAUAAAAUAUGAAUUUCCUCGAUAAAGAAAUAAGCUCGAUAAUAAAAUCGAGAGCUCCUAAUCUAUUUAAUUGAUAAACAUAUAUUCGGUACUUCCCGAGCAAGUACAUAUGUAUUAGUUUCUUAUCUUACGAGAAUACGCGUAGAUAUUUUUUUGCGUGUAGUUAAAUAACAGGCGACCUUGAUAAUUAUGACAGUCAGUUGAGCUUUAAUGUCGCCCACGUUGCUACCUUUGAAUUUCCUGUCACGACAUUCGCACAAUUUUUACGAUUAUAAAGUUUAUCGUUAUAACGACGCGCCUAUCAAUUCGUGACGUUUCAGGAAGAAAGGCGGGUGCGAUUACGCGUAUAAAAAAUAAUACUGUUUAUCGUGCGAAAUGCAUCGUAAGCUAGUUCACAUUAAAAUUCGUUUUUUUUCCCUGUAUACAGUGAUUCGAAACUUCAUAGAGACAUAAAUGAUUGUAUAGUUAUUUAAAUGUAAAAGUAACAAAAUAAUUAUAUAAUUGAUAACUAUAUGUCCCAGCAAACUUCUCUCCCUCAUUACAUAAAAAGAUAUUUAUUUUUAUUUUCUUUUACAAAAGGGCUUUUACAAAAGGGAGAGAGAGAACGUUCCGAAAAAUUUAUUCACCGUCACAGAUCACGAUGUAUUCUUAUGCAGAAUAUAGACAUUUAUACGACUGCUCUUUUAAGAAAAGAAAUUGUUGUCUAUGACUCAGGCGACACGCCGUCACAAACCGAAUCAUUUCAAUCGUUCUCGAAUAAAGAAAAGACUAAAAUUUCAUCUUUUAAGAAAAGAAAGUUUUUAAGAUUAUUUAAUACUAUGCGUUUAUUAUAGCAAUUGAGUGGUUUUAACAAUAGACUAGACAUCUUUCUAAUUGUUGCAAGAACAAGUAUCUUUUUUAAAUAAGUAAGAAGUAAAACUUGUCUAAACAUUUUAUAUCUAGAAAUCUAUAAAAAAUAAAACAAUAUUUAAAAAGCUUAGUAGAUCCGCCUCGCAUUAGAUAUGAUGGUUAAAGCAGACUAAUCAAAUUUGCAUCGCAACUAUAACAUCAAAAUGUACAAUGAAACUCAGCAAUUAAUAAUAUCCGUCAUUUGUCUCAUUUACAAAAAAAUUCAAUGUUAUGUUACAUCGUAUUUGAAAUGUAUUGAUAAUGCUUUUAUCCAUUUUUGCCUAUUUCUUUUCCUCUCAAUUUCUUUCUUCAAUGCAAUAUUGCAACUUUGAGAGAUAACAUCAGGUCCAUUCAACAAUAUCUCUAUGAAUUUGAAUCCGACUUUGCGUGAGGAGAGGCUCACCUUAUCGGCACACCAACGAAUAUUAGAGCACAGUUAAGUCCAAGGCAGAAAACAUAAAAACGUAUAGGCAGAUACGCGGGUAUGUCCCUGAUUUGUCGAAUGAAGUGGGAGCGGCACGUGCUGCCGCUGCCGCGUACACGCCGGGAAAACACGCGAUAUGUUAGUCCUCGUCGAGCGCGGCACUCGCGAGAUCGGCUAUCGCGCGAGCAGCGGCCUCCUCGAUCAUCGUCGUCGUAAUCUGGAACUCGCGACUCGUAGAUCGGCCGAAGAUCAUCGUCAUGCAGAGACACGUGCCCCUUCAACUUCUAAUACUGUGCGCCUUCGUGAUCACCAUCGGCCAAUCACGGAUAGUUCCACGUGUCAACGAUACCUACGUCCGUAACAAGGAUGACAACCAGUACAGGAAACCAUUCUCUUUGGAGGAGACAUAUCUUCACGUUUUUUAUUCAUUCGGCUUCAAUGGCGUGUGGAUUUCUGACCACGAAAUUAUGAUCGUAAACAUAAGCAAAGGCAAUAUUACUAUUUUCGAUGUAAAAACAGGGAAUACUACACAAUUUUUUGAUGGAAUAAAUUUACCGGUAAAGUACAAGUUCAGCACGGCAGCUAUUUCGGCCAACAGGCAGUACAUUCUCUUUGGUUACAAUAUCAAACCAAUGUUCAGAUAUUCGACCAUUCAAAAUUAUGUGAUAUAUGACAGACGCAACGGCACAUUUACAGAGAUCGCGAAUGAAGCUUUUAUUUCAGUGGCGUUAUGGUCGCCGAUUGGCAGUGAUUUGGUUUACGUUCUUGAUAAUGAUAUUUAUCAUAUGAAUUUCAAUCGCGAUCAGAAUGUAGUACGAAGAUUGACAACAAAUGGCAAACCUAAAAUUGUUUACAACGGAAUUCCGGAUUGGAUAUACGAAGAGGAAGUAUUUUCGUCCGGGACCGCGAUAUGGUACUCACCGGACGGGCAGCAUUUGGCUUUUGCCAGCUUCAACGACACUCUAGUAAAAGACAUAGUAUAUUCUUAUUACGGCACCCCUGGUUCUUUCAAAGACCAAUAUCCUACAGAAGUGAAGAUAAAAUAUCCCAAGGUAGGUACACAGAAUCCGGUUGUAUCUCUAUCGGUGAUCGAUUUAACCAAUUCAUCGUCAGUAGCGAUCACCUUGGAAGCACCCAUUCACGUGGUUACGAGUGACCACGUUCUGUACAACGUGAACUGGUGGGAUGAAACACACGUGAUUGCGACAUGGACGAACCGCGUGCAGAAUCAAUCCCAGAUGAUGAUGUACAAUAUAUGGGGUGACGCUAAAUCGAUUUUAUACGACGAGGAAACUAAAGGUUGGCUACGGCCGAAUAAACCUAUAAGAGUUGGCGAUUACGCAUUACUGUUACGCUUCGAGCAUUCGGGCACCAGCGCCGGCAGAUUUUAUCAUAUAAACAGGUAUGAAUUCAAAGAUGGUCAGUUUGUUACACCGAUGGAUCUCACGCCCGGUCCCUCCGAGGUUCGCACGAUCCUGGCAGCCGAUCUGCCCAGAGGCAGAGUUUACUAUCUCGCCACGGCGCCGGGUAAACCGACCCAGAGGAAUUUGUAUUCGGUGCCUCUGGACGGAAGCCAGAGACCGACUUGCAUAUCCUGCAAGCUGCUUACGCUGGAAGGAAACAAGUGCGUCUACGCGACCGCAUCUUUCUCGAGCCAGAGAUCGUAUUACGCCCUCACCUGUUCCGGGCCUAAUCCGACUAUGGUGACGAUCAACGACGCAGAAAAUAAGUCGCUCUUGUUUUGGAACAUUAACGAGGACGUAAGAAUGAUUUUGUCGCUACGACAGAUUCCACAACGAAAAGAUUUCAAUAUUACCGUGAAUGGCUAUGACAGUAGAGUCAGAUUGCUCCUGCCGCCAGAUUUCGAUGAAGGCAAAUCGUACCCCUUGCUGGUAUUCGUAAGACAAAUCUAUGCCGGCCCGAACUCGGUCAGGAUCAUCGACGAUGCUAAAAUCGGAUACGAGCAUUAUCUUACGACUAACCGAAAAGUGGUCUGCGUGUGGAUCGAUGCGCGAGGGUCCGCCUUUAAGGGCAGCAAAAUGCUCUUCGAGAUAUAUCGGAAGAUGGGCACCGUAGAGGUUGAAGACACGAUAGCCAUCACUGCAAUUUUACAGAAACGAUACAAGUGGAUCGACGCAAACAGGACUGGCAUAUAUGGCUGGAGUUACGGCGGCUUCACCACUGGCAUGGUGAUGGCGCAGGAUGUUAACUCUGUCUUCAAGUGUGGCAUAUCCAUCGCACCUGUGACCUCCUGGAUUUAUUAUGAUUCCAUCUAUACGGAACGAUACAUGGGACUGCCAACUCCAGAGGACAACCUCCACGGUUACAAUCGCACAGAUCUCUCGCAACGAACGAACGGAAUACGCGGCAAAAAAUACAUGCUGAUACACGGUAGCGCGGACGACAAUGUGCACUACCAGCAGGCGAUGAUGCUUGCCAAGGCGUUGGAGCAUAAUGACAUCCUGUUUGAACAGAUCACGUACACGGACGAGGCGCACUCCCUCGAAAGGGUAUCUCCUCAUCUCUAUCACACAAUGGAUAAAUUUUGGGGCGAAUGCUUUAGAUGGGAGAGCCGCUGAUCAGACUCGUCAAAGAGAAAAUUAGCCUUCACGAUUACAAACUUUUCCGCGUUGUACAUCAGAUCUUUACGACACGAGAAAACGCAAUUGAUGUGAACUAAGAAUUAUUGAAGACUCAUCUUGAACUUAUUCGAAGUUAACCCUUGAUUUGUUUUACAUUAAUUUGACGUAAAAGCGAAUCUUAACUAAUAUUAAUGGCAUUAAAGUGCUUAUUGUUAAGACUAAGGGCGGGCUAUUCUCGAAUAGUUUGCCUUGACCUAAUCUUGAAAAUCGAUGGUAGAGGUGGAAAAUAUUGUAAGUAAAUUAUGGAGCAAUGUUUUGCUUUUUAUUAGCAGUUCACAUAAAUAUAAAAAUAUAUUGUUUAGAAGAAAACUUCAAGCCAACAUAUAAAUUUGAAUACAAUUUGGAAAUCUUCUUAUAAUUUUUAGAAGGUUAAUCAUCAUACAAAUAAAUUUAAAAAGUUUUGUGAUUUUAAUAUUUCCUAUUGAUGCCAUUAAAAUAUUUAAAUGGAUUGGUUUGAUUAUAUAUAGACUUUUUAUAAGAAAGGGGUAAUUAUUUAUGUUAUACAUAACAUAUUAUUUAUGUUAUACGUGCAUGUACGUUGUUAAUUUUUUUUUCACAUUUGUUUCAUUGAUCUCGAUAGCGAAGCUCUACCAAAGAAACUUUUUGCCUGUAAAUAAUAUACAAAAGUUCCUGUUACUAUUUAGUGCCCAAAUAUGAAUUGCAAUUAAUAAAAAAAAAAAAAAAAAC